UAUUUAUGAGUAAAUAUUCGUGGUUCUAGCAAAGCAAUGAAAGCACUAAUAGUAUGUUUAUGCUUCAUUUACGGAUUAUCGAGCACUUAUGCUAAUUAUUCCGAAGAAAGUGAGUCUGGUUCAGGAUACGAUGAUAACCUAGCAAUGAUGAAUAAAAACGUGAACUCAACGAAAGAAGAUACUAAUGGAAUUUUGCAGUCAGGUAUUCGGAUUAAACGAUCUCAUAAGAAGGCGCACAAGUUAAGUGCAAAGUGGCUACCAAUGGUGCGUAAAUUAUGGAAGUAUUGGCGUCACAGAGGAGCACGUCAAGUAAUGCAUACCAUUGUAUCAAAGCUGACCAGCCACACAAGUAAAAAAAUUACAGACCAUUUUGGAAAACUGAUAGAGACCUCUGUUUUAAAAAAUGAUGGGCUUUUUAAAAAAAAUAAGCAAAUGUCCUCAUUUGUAAAAGCUCAACCAAUUGGUCCCAUGGAAACAAUCUCUGUUGACAUUCAAGGCAAUGCAUCAACAACAAGUAAUUUUAAUAAGGUAAUUGGAGAUUCAUCUGAAAUUGUAAGACCGGAAAAAACUAACGUUUUGAAGUUCCAAGAAUCCAGCAUUGAAAACAACGUAGAUGACUCUAUCAAAAAGCAUAAGGUAACUGAAAUCAAAGAAGUUAAGAAGAAAAAAAGUAAUAAGAAAAAAAAUUUGAAAAAAAAAUCUGCUAAAAAAACAAAAAAAUCGCACUUUCCUAAAAUUAUUCUCUAUCAAGGACCAAUAUCAAAAGCCUUAGAAAAUAUUCUUACAGCAAAAAUUUCUACUAAAAGACAACUUCAAAACCGUGUUGUUACUCCAAUGACCUUUGAAGAAGCAACUGCAGAUAUUAAACGAAGCAGCAUUACUCACCCUAAAACAAACAAUGUUCCUGCAAAUAGAAGUCAAGAAAAAAAUACAGAAGAAGACAACCAAGUUAAAAAAUCGAAGUUGCAUAAAAAAGCUCCCAAAAAAUAUGUUAUUAAAGGCUAUACUGACUCCUUGAAGGCCGACAAAAAGUCUUAUGGCACAAAAAAAGAUAAAGUUAAAGCGAGUUUUGGAACUAUACCGGUAUUUACGAUAAAUCCUUUUGAUGCUAUAGGAAAUAAUGAGCCAAAUUUAAAUAUGCCAAGUAAUUAUAAUAAAGACCAAAAAUUAACACCUGUGUCUGCAUUUCCUCCGUUUCCUCAACAUCCAAUUGUAUCCAGUCCGUUUCCAGAUAAUUUUGGUGUAAACAUAUUAAAUUUAAACAGUAAACAAGAUAAGCAAAAACCUGACAAUGUUGCUGAUCAAAAACAUUUAAAUGAAGAGGUCAAAACCACAGUUGUUGAAAUGUCAAACCAAAAACAAUCAAAAGCGCCUAUUGUGGCAAACAGUGAACCAGCUGAUCAAGAACAAGAUGAAGAAGGCGAUGACGACGAUGAUGGGUUUAUUUCAGAUAAAAAUAAUACAGUUCUUCCAACAGCAUCUAGUCUUUCUCUUCCAAAAGGAUCAGAUCUUGACUUCCAAACAGUUCCAAACAAUCCUUUAAAAAAUAACCAAGGAACGCCAGACCCAGUUGUUAAUGCCCCUGAUUCUGAAAUGCCAUUAAACCAGAAGAAUCCAAAAAGUGAUGAAGACGAAGACGAUCAAGAUGUUGAUGAAAUUGACAACUUGCAGUUACCUGCUUCUUUACCUGUGGUUCCCAUACAACCAUCAAGCGAUAUAAAUAGAGAGCUAUUAGAUAAAGUUCAAGCAAACAGUAGAGGAAUUGAAGCAUUAAACAGCGAUCUUGCAGAAACCAAAAAUAAAGUUGACGCUCUUGCAGUAUCUAUAAGUGAUAUAGGAAACGAUUUAAAAAGGAUUGAAAAAAAAUUAAAUGAAAAAAAAGCUAAAGAAUCGUUUGUAAAGUUUGCUGGACCACUUGCUCCACUACAGCAGCAAAAUCCGUUUUUUGGUUCUCCAAGAAUUAUUGAAAUCAUCAAAAGACCAAGCUUUAAACUGAUUAAAAAACCUUUUUUUUUAAACCGUCCUAUACCUAUUAAUAUUAUCCAAGGAUCUCAGUUAUUUAGUAACCAACCUCCUUUUCCUAUCUUUAACAAAAUAAAGCAGAGAAGACCAAUUAAUUUACCGUUAGAAAGAAGAAAACCUAAAGUGGUAAAAGAAAUAUUUUUGCCGUUGCCUCCUCCAGAUUCACCAGCAGCAAAAGAUAUAGAAGAGGGAAAACCAAUGCCAGGUCUACCAUGGCCCAUCAAUCAAAUUGUUACAAUGAUGAUGAGACAACUUGAAAAGUCAACUCAAGAACCAGUUAAAAUUCCUAAAGUUCAACUUCAUGUUACAAAGCCACUUCGUCAACCACUGCCAUCACCUGAUAUUGACUACCCACCACGUGAACACGAUAUUGAUCAAUUGGAAUUUGAACUUGGGAGGAUACCGAUUACGAGGUUAGGAAUUAAAGAAAAUCAAAGACCGAAGAUUGUCUUUUUUCCAAAAGAACAAAAUUUUGGAAAACCAUUUGCAUUUAUAGGAAAAGAUUGUGAUGAACCAUGUUUAAAUGGCGGAUUUUGCGCUGGAGGAAAUAUUUGUAAAUGUCCAAUUCACUUUGAUGGGCCAAAAUGUGAACGAGGUCUUCAUCGGUCAUUUACAGAGUUAGUUGAAAUCAUUCCAUCGGAAGAGGAUAUUGCACCAAAAAAAUCAAACUUAUUUACCUUUCCUCUGGGUGUUUCUACAAACGAUAACGAUGAAGAAAAAGAAACUGUUGGUCAAGUUGACCAGAAAGAAAUAGUAGAUGCUCUGUCAAAGUUUAUUGAUCAAAUUCCAGCUCUUUCUGAGAAACGGAGCUCUAUACCAGAAAAACCUCAGAAAUUUACUGAAGAAGAAAUGCAGUUUUUAAAAAGAAAAAAAUAGAAAAAACAUUUUACAAAUGUUUUUUAAUUUGUUUGCAAAAAAUCAGUUUGAUUGACUCAAAACAAGCUUUUGAUUAGCUCACUGAAAGUUCAACUUUUAUAGUCCUUACAGAAUUAAAGAAAAAAACGGAAUUAGUUUUUUUUUGAAGCGACAGUUUAUUUUUAUAUAUCGAGAUUUGUGAAUUAUAUAUUUCUUAUUUACAUGUGUUACUAGGUUUUUAUUAACUUUGUUCACUUUAGCAACAGCAAUUACGCUUCAUUCAGUUAUGUUUCAUUCAUUUCCGUUCAUUUAUUGUUAUUGUUUAAUUUAUUCUAAACAAAGUUUAACGGUAUUAUAAUUUUGUUUAAAAAUUUGUAGAUAUUUUGUUACUGAUUGUUCGAUGUUUUAACCGAAUUUUGUGUGUUAUUAAAAUGAAGUUAUAUAACUUGAAAAA